AUGGUCGUUCAACUGUAUCACAAGCAUCCAAGGCAGCGGAAUGCUGCGGCCAAACACGAGGACGGAGUGGAUGAAAAUGAUGACUGGCCCUCAUCCUCCUCCUUUGACGGCGGGCUACAGUCAGCGAUGCAGCAGAGACUGGUGGGAGUUUCAAGGCGAUGGAAAGUCCGCAAUCAUGGAGCCUGGGAGCCUUCAACGAACAUCUCGACAGAAACGUUCAAUGAUGACUACUUCCGCAGAGUGAGGGAGGAGAAUCGCCGCACCCUGGACAAGCUCAGGUCCAGUCACGCUCAGCACCUGGAGCAGGCGCACCAACUUCUACUGCGGGGCGACGCCAUGACGACGGAGUUGGACAGGGUGGAGCUGACACUCCGCCUGCUGCCAAAGCUCAGCUUCUCUAAUCAGCACGAGGCUGCUGAUGGUCCCUCCAUCCGCCCUCACAGCUGGGCCAACAACCGGUGGAGGAGCGAGGAUGGGGAAGGACAUGUGCAUGCGGCAGGCAAUGGUGGCAAGACCGCCAUGCGACAUUCAGAUGGACUGAUGAGCAGCAGAGCGUAUGCCGAAGUCUCUGCAUCAAGCACGGAGAAGGAGGAAGGGAAGAAAGACUACGGCCUCUUCAGCGGAAGGAUCGGCGAGGUGAGGAACCGCUCAACCGGGAAGAACGGCGGGACGAACGGCGGGACGAAUGUCGCGUGCUCGGGAGGAGAGAGCUGGAAGGAGCAAGGGACGAUGUCGGCAGGUCUGUUGGAGAUGAGAAAGCUGGAAGGUGUGACUCUGACAUUCAUGGCAUCGGCAGCUGUUGCUCCUCGGUCAAGAGACAGGAUCGUUGGGCCCGAGGACGUGGUCAAAGACUUUCACGAGAGGAAGUCCAAGGCCCUUGAGCUGAUCUGGAGGCACUCGGGAGAGGAGGGGAUGAGGAGGAGGGGCGAGUUUUGGGUGGAAGGGUUGGAUAGAGUCAUCGACGAAGUGCAGAGGAGGAUACUCCUCGCCUCCCUUGCCAGCAUGUCGGAAGCGCAGAUGAAGUUCUUGGAGGAGAGGAGGAGGCAGCGAGCUAGCGAGAGUCAGCAGACGUCCAACGGCUCUGCUCCAGACGAUGGCGCAGGGCAACCUCAGCGGUACACCGGCUACGGGUCGUUCGGGGCACAGGAGGAGGCGCUGCCUGUGGUCAAGACGGAGGAUGUGUGGCGAUGGAAGAGCGGGGAGGGGAGGCUGGGAACCUACUUCGUCGCGCACCAUCAACCCACAGGCGCGACUGUCGAGCUCUUGCAAGACAUGGUUGGAGGCUUCUCCUUCCAGCGCGUCAGGGGGAGUCAGAUCAAGUACUGUACUCCUCUCGGAAGCAUCCAGGAUGAAGACUCUCCCUUCGCUCCUGCUGUCAUGCAGUCACUUGCCAACGGAGGAGGAGCGAAGCUGGUGGCAGGAACGGACACAGGAGCAUGGGGGAAGCUCAAGGAAGCGAAGCACAACCUCGUCUUGAAUGCAAAAGAGCGGUCGGGAGAAGAAAGUGCGGAGCUACACUUCACUGUGGAUGGGUUUAUCUUCAAAUCUGUGAUCAUCCUCAUCAACUCGCUUUCAGUCACUGAAGGUGCAAAGAACGUGCUGGUCAAACAAGGAGAAUUCUCCGUAAUCAACCUUGAUGAGGUUGUGAGAAUUUUGCUUGCAUCAGAAGCACAUGAAACAAAUCAAAACCCCUGA